AUGGAAGAAAAGCUACUUAACUUUUCGGAAUUCACCCCUACAUCGGAAAUACGCGACGAAAUCAUCGACAAGGGACAAGAGCCCCCAACUAUGCCAGAAUUUAUCCUUUCAUCCGAAAUAGACCGCUACCUCCUUCCUAAGCAGGAAGAGCCUCCUGGUUUCCUGGAAACUAUAUCUUCAUCUGAAAUAGGCCUCGAAGUCUCUCAGAAGACCUACAUAUGCAUUGACCGCCGAGAGAUCUUCUGCCAUGCUCCGCACUGGGAUACCAAAGAUCUGGCUGGCGCUGAAGAUCAUACAAAAUGGCCACUUCUUACUCGAGCCUGGGUCUUUCAAGAACGCCUACUAUCUCCUAGGAUACUUCAUUUUAUGAAUAACCGGCUUAACACCAACGCAGCUUCGAAGUCUCUGCUGGAUUAUGGCGCAGUAAUUUGGUGGAAGGGUUUUCAUGGACACAUGAAGGAAAACGCAGGCCAUUAA